AUGUCUCAUAGUCAAAUUUGUUUGUCUUCAAUUUGUGUUCUUCUUCUUUUUGGGUGUUUUUUACAAGAAGCAAAUUGUGAAUUCAGCAAGAAGUUAUUGGCGUCUUCCUAUCCAACAAUAUAUGUUCAUCCAUUGGGAGUACUUGGAGAGGGAAAUUUCACAUCGAUUCAGGCUGCAAUUGAUCGUGUUCCUUCAAACAAUAAAGAUUGGAUUCGUAUUUACGUCCAUGCUGGUACAUACAGAGAAAAGAUUGAGAUUCCUGUGGACAAACCUUACAUUUAUAUCCAAGGUGAAGGAAAAUGGAAAACUAGGGUUGUUUCGGGUGCCCAUGGCUCAGUUGUGGGUACUGCUACUUUAACCUCCUUAGCUGAUAACAUUGUUAUCAAAAGCAUGACCUUCGUUAAUUCUCACAACUAUCCUCCGGCUGAGAACAAGAGCCCGAUUGCGGUAGCGUUGGCCGCAAAUAUCAUGGGAGACAAAUCGGCAUUCUACAGAUGUGGAUUUCUUGGAAUGCAAGAUACCUUAUGGGAUAACAAAGGCAGACAUUAUUUCAAACUUUGCUCCAUCCAAGGUGCUGCUGAUUUCAUCUUUGGCGCUGGUCAGUCCAUUUACGAGAGAUGCUCUAUUUCAGUAGUAACUCGGCCUUUGCGUGGAUGGCCCGGAUACAUCACAGCACAGGGAAGAAGCCAAUCAAAUGAUACAAAUGGAUUUGUGUUCAAAGAUUGCAACAUAUUCGGCACUGGAAAGACCUAUCUAGGAAGACCAUGGAGAGACUAUUCUAGGGUUAUCUUUUACAACACUACAAUGUCAGAUAUUGUUAUUCCUGAAGGAUGGCACCCAUGGAAUUCUAAAGGCAAAGAACACCAGUUAACGUUUGCUGAGCACGAAUGCCGGGGACCGGGAGCUAACAAGACCGGAAGAGUGAAAUGGGAGCACAAUCUGAGUGGUGGGAUGUUGAAGAAGUUCUUAGACUUGAAAUAUAUUGAUUCUGAGGGUUGGAUCGAUAGCCAGCCUUUCAAUAUGUUGAAGUAUUAAUCAUCAUAGUCUCACCAUUGAUUACCUACAUUGUUUUUCAGCAAUUAAUCUUUGUCUAGUUGUAUUAUAAUAUAGAUUGUACUUUUCUUUUUUUCCAUCACUCUUUGAUUCUUGGUUUAGGGUUUGUUUUGAAUACAUCACUUUAG